UGACAGGGGACAAACGUCAUUAAUGUUGUUGGUGGAGGAGCUGAAAAUAUGGAGGAAAGAGAGUUGUGACAGGGAAAAUUUGACAUUUCACCCCCAAAAAUAUUAUUAAACCGAUCAAGAAGUGUAACGGUCGAAGAGGCAAUCGCCGAGCAGCGAAAAGGAGAACGACAAUCAGUGGGAUUGACUCGAAGGAGAGGCGCCUACUGAUCCACCAUACCUCUGUGGACCAAAGUCAUGGCUGACGCCGAAGACCCACUUUAGAACCUUCAGUCCAUUCCCAAACACAAGCAAAAUACACACUCGCCUAAAGCUUUAUUAUCCAAAUUCUUAUUACCUUCAACUUGACUGAGUUUUGGAACAACAAAGACCACUAACGCAAUCAUCUCUGGCUUCUCCGUUCAUCAUUCUGCCAACACCACAGAUGCAGAGUGCAGCAGCGCUGCCUUUGUGAAGAGAACAAGGAAAGGAGGAGGACACGCUGCAGUAGGAGGAGAGACUAGGAGGCUAACAUUCAAUGCCGUCAACAAAAGUCUACCUCCCGAGCACCGUCUACACAACCUCCUAGUGAUCUAUCUUCAGCUUCUCACUCUCUCCCCCUCUUCUCUAUCUCGCUCCUCCUUCUCACUCUCUCUCCCCCUUCUCUAUCUCGCUCCUCCUCCUCACUCUCUCUCCCCCUUCUCUAUCUCGCUCCUCCUUCUCACUCUCCUCUCGCCAUUCGCUGAUCUCUCCCGUGGCGCUCUCAGAUCUUCGCCGACGCAGUGACAGCCAGACUUGAGCUGACUGUGUCCACGUCUACUCUGCUUGCGACACAGACGACUGGUGCUUUUUGGAUGAGAUUCACUCUGCCUUUUUUUGCCUGCUAUUUAUUUUCCACAGCUUGACAGUUUUUCAUAUGUGGUGUUUUGAGAAGGCUACGUAACUCCAAGAGGGCGGUGUGUAUUUUAACUUUGCUCCUCUGAGUGUUUCAGUGCUGGUCUACUCGCCACUGGCCAAACGACUUGUUUUGUUUCUUCUGUAGCCUGUGCUGGGAACGACUCUCACUGUUCACCUGGAGACACUGCAGUUCUGUUUGAGCCAUGGAACUUCAAGGAUCUCUCUCCUUCAUCAGUUGUUUCAUCUCUAGAGGAGGAAUUCUGGAGUUUUCUUUAAAGAUCUAAGAGGGAUUUCGCAGUGUUCACCUUCUCAUCUAGUCCAAGGUUUUUCUCAUUUUCUGCAACUGAAACGUGCCUGGAUAGUGUUUUUUUUUUCCCCCCAUAUGUAUUGGAAGGACACCCUUGCACUGGCAUGCUUUUAAGGCCCACUGUGCCGGGGCUGUGCGCAAUGUUGCAGACCAUCUAUGAGACCGAGUCCUGCUUCUCCUCAGACACUGUGUCCAGCAGGGAGCAACCUCUGGAGCUGCUGCCCCCGUCCCAAGUGUCUGCCAUGCCCAGUGCUGCUGUGGAGGUGAAGACAACUCUCCCCUCGGGGAUGCAGAGCCCUGUGGGCGGCAGUGAGCAGGGUGUUGGAGGCGGUCCCGUGGACCUGAGGACAGAUCCCAGGCUGGGACCCCUGGGCGGAGGAGGAGGGGUGGACCCAGCCAUGAGGGAGCAGCAACUGCAGCAUGAACUGCUCCUCCUCAAGCAGCAGCAGGAGCUUCAGAAACAGCUUCUCUUCGCUGAGUUCCAGAAGCAGCAUGAGGUGCUGACACGCCAGCAUGAGGUUCAGCUGCAGGAGCACCUGAAGGCGUCCCUGCAGCAGCAGCAGGAGAUCCUGGCGGCCAAGCGGCAGCAGGAGCUGGAGCAGAAGAGGAAGCUGGAGCAACAGAGGCAUGAGGAGCUGGAGAAACAGAGGCUGGAGCAGCAGCUCCUCAUGCUACGCAAUAAGGAGAAGGGCAAAGAGAGUGCCAUUGCCAGUACGGAGGUGAAGCUGAAGCUCCAGGAGUUCCUCCUGAGCAAAAAAGAGCCUGGCACACCUGGCGGACUAAACCAUUCCUUCCCCCAGAAAUGCUGGGGGGCCCACCACACCUCUCUGGGCCCCAACUCCCCUCCUCAGAGUAACACUCCGGGAACGCCGCCCUCCUACAAACUGCCCCCGCUACUGGGGUCCUACGAGGGCAGGGACGAUUUCCCUCUCCGGAAGACUGCCUCUGAGCCCAAUCUGAAGGUGCGUUCGCGGUUAAAACAGAAGGUAGCUGAGAGGCGGAGCAGUCCUCUGCUGAGGAGGAAGGACGGGACAGUGAUAAGCACCUUCAAAAAGAGAGCCGUCGAGAUCUCUGUGUCCUCCAUGUGCAGCAGUGCCCCUGGCUCCGGGCCCAGCUCGCCCAACAGCUCCAAUAGCGCCAUCGCAGAGAACGGCUCCAGCGGCUCUGUCCCCAACAUCCACGCAGAGCAGCUGCGGUCCCUCCACCAGACCCUUAACACUGAUGGGACAGUCAGUUCGCUGAACCUCUACACGUCCCCCUCGCUGCCUAACAUCUCCCUGGGCCUGCCAGCCAACUCGCACCUCACAGCCAAUCAGAAGCUGUUGCAGGAGGCGGAGAGGCAGGCCAUCCAGACCAUGCGUCAGGGUGGGGCUUUGACGGGCAAGUUUGUCAGCACCUCGUCCCUGCCGGCAUCAUGCCUGCCACCUGGGAUGCAACACGACUUAGACUCCACCCAGGCCCCCAACAGCCACAGCAGUCACUCCUCCCUACUGCAGCACGUCCUCCUGCUGGAGCAGGCCCGCCAGCAGAGUGCCCUCCUCUCAGUCCCCAUGUACGGUCAAUCGCCGUUGGUGACGGGGGAGCGGGUGUCCAACAGUAUGCGCACGGUGAACAAGCUACCGCGCCACCGGCCCCUGAGCCGCACACAGUCUGCGCCCCUCCCCCAGAGCCCCCAGGCCCUGCAGCAGCUUGUCAUGCAGCAGCAGCACCAGCACUUCCUGGAGAAGCAGAAGCAGUACCAGCUCAACAAGAUUCUGUCAAAAGGGGUGGAGCUUCCUCGCCAACCGCCCACCCACCCCGAGGAGACAGAGGAGGAGCUCACAGAGACACAGGAGAUGCAGGAGGAGGGGGCGGGGUCUGGGCGUCUGGGGGAGGGGUGUCCUCAGGAGCAGAGGCUCCAGGAGGAGUCGGGGGAGACGUCGCCCCCCUCAGAACGCCUGCUGACCCCCCUGAAGGGCGAGAGCACAGAGAGCGACCUGGAGGAAGAGGAUGAUGAAGAUGAGGCCAUCGAGCUGAGGGAGUGCGAUGAGGAGGGUGUACCUUACGGCCAACAUCACCUGCAACAGCUCAAUGUGUUCCAGGCGUCCCUGUCCAUUUCGGGCAUGCCCCACAGACCUCUGGGAAGGGCCCAGUCCUCCCCUGCCACUGCCAGCGUCAAGGGGGCUCCCAUGGGUGAGGUCCCCAUCAAGCACCUCUUCACUACAGGGUUGGUGUAUGACACCUUUAUGCUGAAGCACCAGUGUAUGUGUGGGAACACCCACAUCCACCCAGAACACGCCGGCCGCAUCCAGAGUGUGUGGUCCCGGCUGCAGGAGACUGGGCUGCUGGGCCGCUGUGAGAGGAUUCGGGGGAGGAAGGCCACGUUGGACGAGAUCCAAACUGUGCAUUCAGAAUACCACACCCUGCUGUACGGCACCAGUCCCCUCAACAGACAGAAACUAGACAGCAAGAAGCUCUUAGGUCCAAUCAGUCAGAAGAUGUAUGCUGUGUUGCCCUGUGGAGGCAUUGGGGUGGACAGUGACACUGUGUGGAACGAGAUGCACUCCUCUGGCGCUGUCCGAAUGGCUGUUGGCUGCGUCAUCGAGCUGGCUUUCAAAGUGGCCGCCGGGGAACUGAAGAACGGUUUUGCCGUGGUGCGUCCACCAGGCCAUCAUGCUGAGGAAUCCACUGCCAUGGGCUUCUGCUUCUUCAACUCAGUGGCCAUCACAGCCAAGCUGCUACAGCAGAAACUAGGAGUGAGCAAGAUCCUCAUCGUGGACUGGGAUAUUCACCAUGGUAACGGGACACAGCAGGCUUUUUACAACGACCCCAACGUACUUUACAUUUCCAUGCAUCGCUACGACGAUGGAAACUUCUUCCCCGGCAGUGGGGCUCCUGAAGAGGUGGGGGUUGGACCUGGUGUUGGCUUCAACACAAACAUCGCUUGGACAGGGGGCGUAGAACCGCCCAUGGGUGACGUGGAGUACCUGACUGCCUUCAGGACGGUGGUGAUGCCCAUAGCCAAUGAGUUCUCCCCUGACGUGGUCCUAGUGUCUGCUGGGUUUGAUGCCGUGGAGGGCCACCAGUCCCCUCUGGGAGGAUACAACGUCACCGCUAAAUGUUUCGGCCACCUCACCAAGCAGCUGAUGAAGCUGGCGGGGGGGCGUGUGGUCCUGGCGCUGGAAGGAGGUCACGACCUCACGGCCAUCUGUGACGCCUCCGAGUCCUGUGUGGCGGCCCUGCUCGGCGAUGAGUUGGACCCCCUUCCACAGGCUGUCCUACAACAGAAGCCCUGUCCAAAAGCUGCUGCCUCUCUGGAGAGGGUCAUUGAGAUACAGAGUAAACACUGGAGCUCUCUCCAAAGGUUGGCUCCCACGGUGGGCCAGUCCUUAAUGGAUGCCCAGCGGAGAGAGAAGGAAGAGGCCGACACGGUCACUGCCAUGGCAUCGCUUACCGUGGAUACUGAGCAGGCCGCCGCUUCCACCGUCUCCACGGAAACCAGCAGGUCUACAGAAGAGCCAAUGGAAGAGGAGCCUGUCUUGUAGGAGGAAACAGAGAGUUGUCACGACAGCGCAACACCUUUGUCUCCACGUCCUUUGGCACUAGCCUUCUCCUGUCAUCCUCUCCUCUUUCCAGCCCUCGCCUCACCUCUUUCCAUUUUCUGAGGAUUGAUGGACUUGUACUAGCCUCCCUUUCCAACUCACUGAGGUGAGUUUGUUAAAGUGUGUGUGUGGGAGAGGAGAGGCGGAACACACACACACACACUGACCUAAAGGGGGCAGCGGCGGAUAUGCGUGAUUGGUGGAGAAGCAGGAAGAGGCGGGACCUUUUGAGAAGCCUGUGUGUCUUGCUUUUUUCUUUCAAUCUUUUUUGUAAGCAGAAGGCAGUGGAUCCAGGAGGGUGCCUCGGCUCUGGGGCCCGAGAAGCUUUGUACAUUUCUUGUCAUACUUUAUACUUUUCAGGAACAUUAGAACUGAAAAAGCCAACAAGCAGCAAAAAUAUUUCAACAGCCACAAAUACUCAAACACACCUGCAUUAUACUAGACACACUAAGUUCCCAACAGAGGAACAACAAUGGGGUUGUAUCAAUGAAUAAUGCUCUUCCUUUCAGAGCAUGCGUACCUCUGUUCCUAUUUUGUCUGUCAUUUGGUAUUCUCAUGCGUCUAUUCAAUAAUCUGUUCAAAGAAGCACACAAACAUAUAUGUAUAUUUUGCGUGUGUGUGUGUGUGUGUGUGUGUGUGUGUAUAUAUAUCACACUGUAUAUUCCUUUCACUGUAUCCGAUAUCAGCUGUGGUUGUGGAGUGGAGGUCGAGCUGUGGAGCCUGCCAAGGGGGACUUACUGGCUGAAGGAGACAACAUAUCUCUCCAAUACAGCCUUUUCUUUUUUCUUCAGGAAGUCUCAGCUCCCUCCACUUUGUAUGGGACAGAAUGCAUUUUGAGGUGGUUUUUACCCUUCUACUUUGUUUGGACUAUCAAAAAAGGACACAAAUACAUAACCACAAUCAAAUUUACCGCUUGGUGCAAUGGAAGCCCACGGAUUGGACGAGGAAGGAUUUUGUGGAAUAAUACUUGGAUUGUAAACUUUUUGUCUCACGCUUGCUGCUGCGACUGGGAGACUUGUGGUGGUCAUGAGACUGGAGAAAGACAUUUUUAGAAGAACUUGGUGCCUUUUAUAUUCAAUAUCCCUGUUAACACCAACUACACCACCACUUAGCAGAACACAGGACAGAAAGACAAAUCCACACACUUGUUACUCUCAUGUCUGUUUUGUUUGUAUAUUUGUUUGCUUGUUUCUUUCAAAAUGCCUUAAUUUCCUCCAGAGAAUGCACCAUUUUAGCCAUCUCCACAGAGAUGGGAUUCUACUCCUAUGUCCUCUCUUUCCUCUCUUUCUGGGUUUGUGUAAUACUCUAGGUCAAAGGUCAGUGUGGCCUUAACAACUGAGGUUUUUUUUUUGCGUCCUUUAUCAAUUCCGACCCGUACAUAUGCGGCUGACGGUAUGAUUGUGAGGAAAUUUGAACGCUACAACGACCAACUUUUUACUAUGUCACUUCCUGUCACUUGUAAAUACUGCAUCCUGUCCUGCUCUGGCAAACCCCUCAACCUGAGACAGUUCAAUAACGAACUCAUUGUUUUUCCAUUUAUUUAGAGAGGAAGGACUGAACUUGGUCACUUUUUUAAACAAACGUUUUAUUUUGUAAAAAAUAAAAUAUAAGAUGUAUAUGAAUAAUGACAAUAACAGUGUUAAUCCAAUCAAAUUGGAUAUGAAUAUUAUAUUUGAGAAGAGUAAAAAAAAAAAAAAAUGUAAUGUUAAAGCCACCUAAGCACAUCGUGUUAGUUUUGCAAUCAAUGUUUUGUCCUUUUUUCUAAGUGCCAUUUGUUUUUUCCACACAAAAUAAGAGACAACCGAAAUGGUGAUAUGGGGGUGGAUCUCAUUUGGCAAAUAAUCAUGAGCAAGCACCACUUUAGAUGUUUACACUGCAAUACCCCAAUCCCCGAAACUGUUGCCCACUUGUCAGCUGUCAUAAACCCUUUGUUUGACUUAGUGUCCAGGUGCUGUGUUAUCUGGCCUCCGUUGUUGCCAUCAAUAUUUAUAUUUCUCAAUCAAUGAAAAGUGUUUACACUUGACGCAUAUAUAAUUAAACAAAUUAAAUACUUUGGAAAAUAUAUAUAUUUUCAGUGGGAAUUAGCACAAUCAUCAUGCUUGAGGAAUUCAUACAAACCAAGUAUAUCUACUAGAGAAUGGUAGCCGACAACUCCCUUAAAAAUAUGCUCUGGAACUUUGGUGACUACUAAGUAUUUUUUUAAACCUCCCGCUUUGGGCUGGAUGUGUAGUUCAUACAUGCAUAAUCUAUGAGCAGAAUUACUGUCUUACCUCAAUUAGCUACGCAAUCCCUAGUUUAAAAGCCACUUUUUUUGGAUGCUGUGCUGCGGCAUUUUCCUAAUUUUCCCCCACCUGGGCCAGCCCUCUAGCAAUUUGAGUAAAACCAACGAGCUUCUGCCCCUCGCCAGCUAGCGAAAUGUACACGGUACAUCUACAGCAGAGAAAGAGAGAGAUCUAUGACACGGUGCACAUAUGUCACGUAAUACACAAUUGUUGGGGCCCACUUUUUGCUCGUGAGCACAACUUUCAGAACUUCCAGCUAAAAAGUAUACAAAAGUACUGGAGAAUCACUUUAACCAGCAUACUCUCAGAAGAUAAUGUGUGGUGCAGAGUGCUUGUCUACAUUGAUCAUUUUGUUUUAUUUCAAGCAAUGUAACAAAACACUGACCAAGUCUUCUGCA